AUGGAGCAAGAGACACAAAGACAAUACAUUUACAGGUGUGUGGUAAACAAUCAAUGGAGAUUGAUGUAUAAGGAGGUCAAGGUGGAGGGUCUUGCAGGGAGAUGUUCUGAUCACCUACCUGUCUUAUUGUCUCUUAUGGGAUAUGAAGAAAGGAUUAGGCGAAGGGAAUGUCCAUUCAGAUUUGAGGCAAGCUGGAUAAAGGAGGAAGGGGCUAAACAAAUAGUUAGGUUGGGAUGGAAUAAGGAUGGGCCGAGAGGGGACCCUAUAAAAAGAAUACAAAAGUUGUUGAAUUCAUGUAAGGGAGUUCUUCAAGGGUGGUUUAGAAGGAAGGAUAAAGAUAGGGUAAAGGAUAUUGAGAUGCUGACUAAAAAAAUUCAAGGGGUGCAGGAACAAGAAGGGCCACAGAAUGUAGAGGAACUCAACCUACUUCAGAUGAGAGUGGGAGUGUUGUUAGAGCAAUAG